GCUAGCCCCGACCCCACUCCUGCAGUUCAAUGUAGUUUAAAUCUGACCUCAGUGAAGCAGGGGGCACUUCUCCUGCUGGCCCCACCCCAGUGUCCAAGGUACCAUGGCCACUGUGAUCAAUGAGGAUUUAAUUCAGAAUGAGGACAAUUCAGACAAGUUAGGUGGGGGGGUGUAUGUAGUUUCACCCCAGAUGCUUACGGUUGGGCCCAGGGGUUAACGUACAAGAACCCUGUGUGUGUGUCCCUUGCUGCAGGAGAUGCUAAUGAGGGGAGCAGAGGUGGGAAUUCUGUGGGAUGGUGCUAAGUCAGUGAUGCCCUCAAUGUUGCUAGCAAGAACCCAGCCUGCACAGAAAUGUUCUCGGGCCCCUCUCUUCCUUAGGGACACCAGGGUUAUCGAACUGUUUCCCUGCUAUGUCAGCACCCAGCAUGUGAUAAUGUGAACCAGACAGCCCCAGAGAGGAGCAGCAGUUUGAACUUCUCUGGGCUGAGAGUUUCUGUAUUGUUAGUCACAUGAGGGAGGGAAUUUUCUGCUCAGAUUGCGGUGUCUGUCUUGACAAGGUCCUUAGAGUUUGGGUGUCCCUUUCUCAAGGCUGUUUGGGGAAGGGAAAUGCCCCCCAGGCCUUUCCCUAAGAGGGAAAGGAGAGGUUGUAGGUGGUGGGAUGUCAAAGGCAACUUUCUUUCCUGUCUUUAAGGCCCUGUUACUGAUAUAGACGCUAGGCUGCUAUGGGAUAAAUUUAUAUCCAUGAUCCCCAUAGCCCUGAUACUGAGGGUCCUCAAUGGAGGCUCCCUAGAGGACCCAUCAAUGCAUCUUUGUUAUAAUGAACACUUUACCCUUCUCUGGCCACUUCCAUGAGAGGACCCCGCAGCACUUGACAUUAAUUCAGCCUCAUAGCCCCUAUCAUCAUCUCUGUUUUACAACCAGGGAAACGGAGGCGUGAGCCUGGGAAGGGACUUGCCCAAGGCCACAGAUUAAAUCAGUAGUUGCCAGGAAUAGAACCCAGGAGUCCUGACCCCCCCAGUGCCCUGAUCUAACUUAAUAGGCGGCUCUGACCCAGUCUAAUUGCUGUGGGCAGGUGUGUGUAUAGGACAUCAUCAUUUGGGGGAUGCAGUGACUCCAGCAUCCGCUGACCCAGAUCUCCACCUUGCAUGCAGGCCUUGUUCCUGUUCUUGUAAUGUAACACUGUCCCAGGAGAUGAGGUGGAGGUGAGGGCGAUGCUGGGCCUAUCCCAUGUGGGGGAGAACCCCAGUUGGUCCCUGUGGACCCCUACUGUGUUAAUAGUGGCAGAUUGGUGGCUAAGCCGGUGUGGUGUGAAUGCUGGAUACUCCCAAGGAGGGUGGUAUUAAAAUCCCCACCCCAUAUGCCUAUGGGAAAGUUCCUGAGCCCAGAUGCUCUCUCUGGCAUUGAGGAUGAGCCUUGGAGAUUGGAGAGCCUCUCAGCUCUAGCGAAUGGCCUUGCACAUUCUAAGCUCUGUGUGUCCCGUCAGCACCUUCCCCACCUCCCCCUGCUGCAGCAGGAUGUGAGGGGGAGCUCCCAGCUGGGCCCUCCCCUGAGCCACCGCAAUUGUUUGCUUUACAGGAAGGUGCUGAAACAGGAGCUGCAGAGCGGGAGCUGCUGCUUCCAUUUCGUGGCCUCCCCCCCCCCCCCCCAAUAAAAGUGCGGCUGAAGGUGAAACACCUGCCAGUGACAGCCCCAAAGAGGAAAAGCAUUUGGAGCUGGUGUGUGUGUAAAGCCAUGUCACUAGCACCAUCCAAGACACUCCGAGAGCCUGAAUGUUCAGAGCUGCAAACGCCCUGGCUCCUAAAACCUGAGCAAACAACAUUCCUUUCUCUUGUGCCCUUGACCUCCAAGCGCCCUGCACACUGGAGUUGCUUCUCCCGCCCCCGAAACGUAGCCACCUCUGGGGGUGGACGCAACAACUGUUUGACAGUCUCACACCAACACCCGACGAGAAGGGAGGAAGACUCCUGUACCCAAUUGAAACUGGGGAGGCGUUUAGGGAGGCUGAAUGGAAUUUAGCUGGGACGCACUUCAAACUGCUGAGAAGUUUUCCCCUGUUCCCUGGUGACUUACACCAAUGUUCCAUUUGGGCUGAACUUUGAUCACAGUGUCGCGUGUUGAAGGUUGUGCCUGGCUGUCGUGCUGGCCGCUCUCCCCACCAUGGCUGCCAAUGAAGUGGUAUCGGCCGCCCUACAGGACUCCUGGGGGGACUUCUGGCUCUUCCGUUUCUUCCUUAAUGCUGCGGGCUAUGCGAGCAUCAUGGUGCCAGGGUUUCUGCUCAUCCAGUACUUCAAGAGAAAGAAUUACCUGGAGACAGGCCGUGGCAUUUGCUUCCCCGUCAUCAAGUCGUGUGUCUUUGGCAGCGAGGCCAAGUCCGCACACCCAGAUGACAUCUCCCUGGCGGCCCGGAAUGAGACCAUGGAGUCCUCGACGGCCCAGCAGAUCCUCAAGCUGCUCUUCUGUGCUGCUGGCCUUCAGGCUUCCUACCUGACGUGGGGCGUCCUCCAGGAGCGGGUCAUGACCCGAACGUAUGGGGCCACCGAGACGGAUCCUGGUGAGAAGUUCAAAGAUUCCCAAUUUCUCGUCUUCAUGAACCGGAUCCUGGCCUUCACCGUAGCCGGCCUGUACUGUGCCCUGACCAAGCAGCCGCGCCACGGCGCCCCCAUGUACAAGUAUUCCUUUGCCUCACUCUCCAACAUCCUCAGCAGCUGGUGCCAAUAUGAGGCACUCAAGUACAUCAGCUUCCCUACCCAGGUGCUGGCCAAGGCCUCCAAGGUGAUCCCGGUCAUGCUGAUGGGCAAGCUGGUGUCGCGCAAGAGCUACGAGUACUGGGAGUACCUGACGGCGGUGCUUAUCUCGGUGGGGGUCAGCAUGUUCCUGCUCUCCAGUGCCCCCACCAAGCACCUCUCCACUGUCACCACCUUCUCAGGGGUGGUCCUCCUGGCCGGCUACAUCGUCUUCGACAGCUUCACCUCCAACUGGCAGGACGCCCUCUUCACCUACAAGAUGUCCCCGGUGCAGAUGAUGUUUGGGGUGAACGUCUUCUCCUGCCUCUUCACGAUGGGCUCGCUGCUGGAGCAGGGCGCCCUGCUGGAGUCGGCCCGCUUCAUGGCCCGCCACUCCGAGUUCGCGGCCCACGCCAUGCUGCUGUCCAUCUGCUCCGCCUUUGGCCAGCUCUUCAUCUUCUACACCAUCAAUCAGUUUGGGGCGGCCGUCUUCACCAUCAUCAUGACGCUGCGCCAGGCUUUUGCCAUCCUGCUCUCCUGCCUCAUCUACGGGCACGCCAUCACCGUGGUGGGUGGGCUGGGCGUGGCCGUGGUCUUUAUGGCUCUCUUCCUGCGCGUCUAUGCCCGCAGCCGCAUGAAGAAGCGUAGCAAGAAGCUGCCCGCCGGCGAGGUCCCAGUGCAGAAGGUUUAGGGGCCAUGGGACAGACCCUGCCCUCCUCCCCUCUCCCACUGCAGGGCACUUGCUUUAUUUCUCUUCUCUUUGUGAACCUAUUGAGGAGAGGAGGAGAAACAAUGACUCCCUUUGCCAACUGCUUUUCCUGGACAAGGAGCUGGAGUGGGCUUGGAGGAAGCGAGGUGCUUUCUGGGCCUCCACCACACCUUUCUCCUGUUGCCUUAAUAGGUCUGAGUAUUUCACUUCCCUGAGAUCACCCCAGGAACAGAGCAGGGGGCAGGUCUAGUUCCCAGGAGUGCAGCGGGGUUAACUCCUGCCCUAGCUCCAUCUGGUACUCGGGGCUUCUCUUGAAGAUUAUUUAUGAACAAGGGAGCUUUAUUCCCUGGCACUUUCUUGUCUCCAGCUUCACUCCCCAUUUCUUUCCUCACUACAGAGCCGAUAGUAAGAGAACGGCAAGAAAACACUAUCAUUUUUCUUUACAAAUACGUAUGAUUGAGAGAGAAGCUCCAGUCUCAGCCUGCCAAAGCAGCAGGUGGUGUAGGGAGCGGGGCAGGAGUGCUGGCUGGACGGGGGGCAGCUCUCAGCUACAUCAGUCCCUGCCUUUCCCAGCAGGAGGCGCUGUAGGGAACGGGGCAGGAGCAUGGGGCCUCCCUAGCUACAUUGCUACACAGCAGCUCUUUUACCAGCCCUAGUAUGCAGUCUGGAUUUGUGGCAGGUGCCUCUUGAACAGUAGCCUUGUCCUUGCUGGCUUGGCAGGUCAUGCACUACGCUCUCCCUGCUGGGAGCCUUCUCCAUUUCUGUCUCCUGGCCUGGCCCGGCCCUUCUGCUCCAUUCUGUUUGCGUUUUGUGCUGCUUUUCCUUUCUUGUUUACGUUUACUCUUGUCAUAGGUUUGAACUAGAACUCCCAGGAUCCCCUAAGGGCGCUUUCUGCUCUCUGGCUUCGGGGAUUCGUAAUUGGCUCCUGCCCUUUAGAAAAGCACAAAGAUCCCCUUCCUGGGAUAUCCCUCCUUGUUUCUCCUUUUUCCUGCCAGCAGGAGGUGCCAGCGCCAGCCCACUCAGCAGCCUAGCUAGGGCUUUGUGGUACGCAGCGGUCCCGGAGACAGGACAAAGCCCAGCCCAGCCCAGGUUCCUUUUCCCUGCACGUGGCUGCUCUCAAUCCUGGAUGCAGGGAGCCACUUGCUCUGGCUCCACCUCGGGAACCUGGGUUUGACCCAGUAACGGUUUUGUUUCCAAACAGACCAGGCCCCCCCAUCUGCUAGGGGAAUGGUUUGGGUACUUUUAAAAUGCAACUUGGUCUCUUUUUAUUUUAUUAAAUUAAAAAGCUGCUGCAAACAGUG